AUGUUGUUCAACUCUUUAUUAUCUGUUUCUCUUGCUGCUGCUUCCGUUUCAGGCGCCGCUUUAACAUACACCCAGCCUUCACCAGUAUUCACAGAUGCCGAUAUUCUCCAGUAUGCUCUUACCCUUGAGCAUUUGGAAGAUACGUUUUACUCGACUGCUUUAGCCAGGUACAGCGCUGCUGAUUUCGCCAGGGCUGGCUUUGAGCCGUGGGUCCGCACUCGUUUCGAAGAGAUUGCAAGAGAUGAGCGGGAGCACGUCAAGCUUCUCACUGACGGUCUCACUGCCGCCGGUGCAACUCCGGUUGGCGCUUGCACCUACGACUUCCCUAUGAACGACCCAAAGUCGUUCGCCGCUGUUGCUAACAUCCUUGAAGGUGUUGGUGUAUCAGCUUAUCUCGGUGGUGUCCCCAUCAUCUCCAGCAAGGCAUACUUGACUAUUGCAGGAUCUAUCACCACUGUUGAAGCACGCCACUCUUCAUACGUUCGAGGAAUCCAAUCACAAUCCCCCUUUCCAUCUUCGUUAGACACACCAUUGAACCCAAAUCAAAUUUACACCUUAGCGGCUGGGUUUAUCAAACCCGGAUGUAAGACUUUGGUAGCCACCAAGUUACCCCUUAAACCUUUUCCGGCUCUUACCUUAUCAACCACUGGUCCUAUUCACAAGGGUUCUCAAAUCAAAUUGACCUCUGCCACAUCACCCGCUAAAAGCGGAAAUGUAUUUGCUGUGUUCUACUAUGGUUUGACCAAGACCGCUGUUGCGAUCCAGAACGGUAUGGUUCGUGUCCCUCUUGAUGCUGUUGGUCAAACCUAUGUCAUCCUCUCAACCUCGCAAAAGGCCACAGACGAAACUACGAUCGCUGGACCAGCGAUCGUGGAAGUUAUGGCUUAA